CGGCAUGGGGAGCCUGCGGGGCUUGUGCGGGCAAGUUGUCAGGCAGGAAGGGCGGUAGGCAAGGGGCGGGCAUGUCUACCAGCCUGCACUGCACUCGUGUGCGUCUGUGCAAGGCAUGGGGAGCCUGCGGGGCUUGUGCGGGCAGGUUGGCAGGAACGGCGGAAGGCAAGGGGCGGGCAUGUCUACCAGCCUGCACUGCACUCGUGUGCGUCUGUGCAAGGCAUGGGGGGCCUGCGGGGCUUAUGCGGGCACUUUGGCAGGCCGGAAGGGCGGAAGGCAAGGGGCGGGCAUGUCUACCAGCCUGCACUGCACUCGUGUGCGUCUGUAACGGCAUGGGGAGCCUGCGGGGCUUGUGCGGGCAUUUUGGCAGGCAGGAACGGCGGAAGGCAAGGGGCGGGCAUGUCUACCAGCCUGCACUGGACUCGUGUGCGUCUGUGCAAGGCAUGGGGAGCCUGCGGGGCUUGUGCGGGCAUUUUGGCAGGAACGGCGGAAGGCAAGGGGCGGGCAUGUCUACCAGCCUGCACUGCACUCGUGUGCGUCUGUGCAAGGCAUGGGGAGCCUGCGGGGCUUGUGCGGGAGAUUUGGCAGGAAGGGCGGUAGGCAAGGGGCGGGCAUGUCUACCAGCCUGCACUGCACUCGUGUGCGUCUGUGCAUGGCAUUGGGAGCCUGCGGGGCUUGUGCGGGCAGGUUGGCAGGAACGGCGGAAGGCAAGGGGCGGGCAUGUCUACCAGCCUGCACUGCACUCGUGUGCGUCUGUGCAAGGCAUGGGGGGCCUGCGGGGCUUAUGCGGGCACUUUGGCAGGCCGGAAGGGCGGAAGGCAAGGGGCGGGCAUGUCUACCAGCCUGCACUGCACUCGUGUGCGUCUGUAACGGCAUGGGGAGCCUGCGGGGCUUGUGCGGGCAUUUUGGCAGGCAGGAACGGCGGAAGGCAAGGGGCGGGCAUGUCUACCAGCCUGCACUGGACUCGUGUGCGUCUGUGCAAGGCAUGGGGAGCCUGCGGGGCUUGUGCGGGCAUUUUGGCAGGAACGGCGGAAGGCAAGGGGCGGGCAUGUCUACCAGCCUGCACUGCACUCGUGUGCGUCUGUUCAAGGCAUGGGGAGCCUGCGGGGCUUGUGCGGGCAAUAUGGCAGGCAGGAACGGCGGAAGGCAAGGGGCGGGCAUGUCUACCAGCCUGCACUGCACUCGUGUGCGUCUGUGCAAGGCAUGGGGAGCCUGCGGGGCUUGUGCGGGCAAGUUGUCAGGCCGGAAGGGCGGAAGGCAAGGGGCGGGCAUGUCUACCAGCCUGCACUGCGCUCGUGUGCGUCUGUGCAAGGCAUGGGGAGCCUGCGGGGCAUGUGCGGGCAAGUUGUCAGGCCGGAAGGGCGGAAGGCAAGGGGCGGGCAUGUCUACCAGCCUGCACUGGACUCGUGUGCGUCUGUGCAAGGCAUGGGGAGCCUGCGGGGCUUGUGCGGGCAAGUUGUCAGGCCGGAAGGGCGGAAGGCGAGGGGCGGGCAUGUCUACCAGCCUGCACUGCACUCGUGAGCGUCUGUUCAAGGCAUGGGGAGCCUGCGGGGCUUGUGCGGGCAAGUUGUCAGGCCGGAAGGGCGGAAGGCGAGGGGCGGGCAUGUCUACCAGCCUGCACUGCACUCGUGUGCGUCUGUUCAAGGCAUGGGGAGCCUGCGGGGCUUGUGCGGGUAUUGUGGCAGGAACGGCGGAAGGCAAGGGGCGGGCAUGUCUACCAGCCUGCACUGCACUCGUGUGCGUCUGUACAAGGCAUGGGGAGCCUGCGGGGCUUGUGCGGGCAAGUUGUCAGGCCGGAAGGGCGGAAGGCAAGGGGCGGGCAUGUCUACCAGCCUGCACUGCACUCGUGUGCGUCUGUGCAAGGCAUAGGGGGCCUGCGGGGCUUAUGCGGGAACUUUGGCAGGAAGGGCGGUAGGCAAGGGGCGGGCAUGUCUACCAGCCUGCACUGCACUCGUGUGCGUCUGUGCAAGGCAUGGGGAGCCUGCGGGGCUUGUGCGGGCAGGUUGGCAGGAACGGCGGAAGGCAAGGGGCGGGCAUGUCUACCAGCCUGCACUGCACUCGUGUGCGUCUGUGCAAGGCAUGGGGAGCCUGCGGGGCUUGUGCGGGCAAGUUGGCAGGCAGGAACGGCGGAAGGCAAGGGGCGGGCAUGUCUACCAGCCUGCACUGCACUCGUGUGCGUCUGUUCAAGGCAUGGGGAGCCUGCGGGGCUUGUGCGGGUAUUGUGGCAGGAAGGGCGGAAGGCAAGGGGCGGGCAUGUCUACCAGCCUGCACUGCACUCGUGUGCGUCUGUGCAAGGCAUGGGGAGCCUGCGGGGCAUGUGCGGGCAAGUUGUCAGGCCGGAAGGGCGGAAGGCAAGGGGCGGGCAUGUCUACCAGCCUGCACUGGACUCGUGUGCGUCUAUGCAAGGCAUGGGGAGCCUGCGGGGCUUAUGCGGGCACUUUGGCAGGAAGGGCGGUAGGUAAGGGGCGGGCAUGUCUACCAGCCUGCACUGCACUCGUGUGCGUCUGUGCAAGGCAUGGGGAUGUGCGGGCAAGUUGGCAGGCAGGAACGGCGGAAGGCAAGGGGCGGGCAUGUCUACCAGCCUGCACUGCACUCGUGUGCGUCUGUGCAAGGCAUGGGGAGCCUGCGGGGCUUGUGCGGGCGAUUUGGCCGGAAGGGCGGAAGGCGAGGGGCGGGCAUGUCUACCAGCCUGCACUGCACUCGUGUGCGUCUGUGCAAGGCAUGGGGAGCCUGCGGGGCUUGUGCGGGCAGGUUGGCAGGAACGGCGGAAGGCAAGGGGCGGGCAUGUCUACCAGCCUGCACUGCACUCGUGUGCGUCUGUGCAAGGCAUGGGGAGCCUGCGGGGCUUGUGCGGGUAUUGUGGCAGGAAGGGCGGAAGGCAAGGGGCGGGCAUGUCUACCAGCCUGCACUGCACUCGUGUGCGUCUGUUCAAGGCAUGGGGAGCCUGCGGGGCUUGUGCGGGCAAGUUGUCAGGCCGGAAGGGCGGAAGGCAAGGGGCGGGCAUGUCUACCAGCCUGCACUGCACUCGUGUGCGUCUGUGCAAGGCAUGGGGAGCCUGCGGGGCUUGUGCGGGUAUUGUGGCAGGAAGGGCGGAAGGCAAGGGGCGGGCAUGUCUACCAGCCUGCACUGCACUCGUGUGCGUCUGUUCAAGGCAUGGGGAGCCUGCGGGGCUUGUGCGGGCAAGUUGUCAGGCCGGAAGGGCGGAAGGCAAGGGGCGGGCAUGUCUACCAGCCUGCACUGCACUCGUGUGCGUCUGUGCAAGGCAUGGGGAGCCUGCGGGGCUUGUGCGGGUAUUGUGGCAGGAAGGGCGGAAGGCAAGGGG